CCGUGUGUUUUUUUCCAGGGUACCAGGUGCACCGGAGUGACUCGGAUCGACACAAGACAUCACUUUCCCUAUAAACAAUACCGUAUUAACAACCACAGGGCAGCCGUACCUGUAGGCAGGGAUAGCACCAAAUGUUGGCACGUCUAUCCGUGCAGCUAGACUGCUAAAAAGAAGCAGCUCCAGUGGAAACGCACCUACUGUAUAUGAAAUGCUGGUGCAGAUUUUUUUUCCUUCUCCCCCCCCCCUUUUUUUUUCUAUCAGUCUAACCUUCUGUGUUGAUACAUGAAUGCUGGUACCCACUUAGAGGGAUGCCAGAUGAUCAGUGCAGAAUGAAGGUCCCAGGAGAAAGGCUCACGUGGUUUUCUCUGCCCCGUGACGUCACUAGCAGAUGGCAUGGGUACCAGCUCUGGCAGUUGGCAUCAAUGUCACUUUUUAGAGAUCAAUGAGAUAGUGCAGAUAUACACAGAUCUAGACUCCAGGAGACGAUGCGACAUUCAGACUGAAAAGAUUUGGAAGGCAAAAAAUGAAAACUGAUUGUUGAAUGAAAUAAAAAGCUAAAGGUAACUUAAGAUUAUAGAACCAUGUUAACACUACCGUUUGAUGAGUCUGUUGUAAUGCCAGAAUCCCAGAUGUGUAGAAAGUUUCCCAGAGAAAGUGAGGACCAAAAGCAAAUGAAGAACCCAGAAAGCUUUUCAAAGCAAAUCGUGCUCCGAGGAAAGAAUAUUAAAAGAUCUCCUGGAGAAGACACAGAAAAAGAGGAGGAGGAGGAAGAAAGAGAAGAGGAGGAUGAGAAUGGCUUGCCUAGGCGAAGAGGCCUUCGGAAAAAAAAGACAAGCAAGAUAAGGAUGGAAAGGAUCAAAUUCAGGCGACAAGAAGCCAAUGCGAGAGAGAGGAACCGGAUGCACGGCCUUAACGACGCCCUGGACAAUUUAAGGAAAGUAGUCCCUUGUUAUUCUAAAACACAAAAACUGUCCAAAAUAGAAACUUUGAGACUAGCCAAGAACUACAUUUGGGCUCUUUCUGAGAUCCUGCGAAUUGGCAAGAGACCCGACCUGCUCACCUUCGUCCAAAACUUGUGCAAGGGUCUGUCCCAGCCAACGACAAACUUGGUGGCGGGAUGCCUGCAGCUGAAUGCCAGAAGUUUCCUGAUGGGCCAGGCCGGCGAAGGCGCCCAUCACACCCGCUCGCCCUACUCCACCUUCUACCCCCCCUACCACAGCCCCGAGCUCGGCACCCCCCCGGGGCAUGGGACUCUCGACAACUCCAAGUCCAUGAAACCUUACAAUUACUGCAGCGCUUACGAGUCCUUCUAUGAAAGCACUUCCCCCGAGUGCGCCAGCCCACAGUUUGAAGGUCCCUUAAGUCCUCCCCCAAUUAACUAUAAUGGGAUAUUUUCCCUGAAGCAAGAAGAAAGCUUGGACUAUGGCAAAAAUUACAAUUACGGCAUGCAUUACUGUGCAGUGCCACCCAGGGGUCCCCUUGGGCAGAGCUCUAUGUUCAGGUUGCCUACAGAGAGCCACUUCCCUUACGACUUACAUCUGCGCAGCCAGUCUCUCACCAUGCAAGAUGAAUUAAAUGCAGUUUUUCAUAAUUAAUGAGGAAAAUGAAAAUAAACAGUGGUCAUUCACCUCCCCAUCUAAUUAAGAGCAAGCAGAUGCUUGGGCACUGCGUAAUUGGCACAACUCUAUUUAACGUGUUUACUAGUUCCUAAAGUGUGUUUCAACUAUUGUGGGGAUUUUCUAUGUAUUAAUAAACCCUUUUCCCUAUAAUUAUUUUUUUCCUUUUGGGGUUUUUUUUUUUGUCUGUAAACACUGUGAGAUUCUGUUCCCUCCCAGAGGUUAUUUCACCUUUUUCUUUAUUUCUUUUUAUUUCCCUCUUUGCUUGAUUUGUUGAGCAGUGUGUCUGAAAAAAUAUCGCUGAAAUAAAAGCAUACACACUGUGUAAAGUCAAUGUCUAUUUUGAUUGUACAGUAAUUAUACAAAUGCAUGUUAUUGAAAUCAGAUUAAUUAAAAUGAUGUAUUUAUAAUUGGUAGAAAAUAUAUAUUAUGUAUCUGAGGAGAACUGGAUUAAACAUAUUCAGAACUUUAGAGAAAUUAUCUCAGAACUGAGAUGGGCUUGCAAUAUGCAGAGGUGAGAGUGCAGCAAUAUUGAAAGCUAUGCAAAAACAAAAAAAGCAAACAAAAAAGCAAAACAGUUUUUUGGGUUGUUGUUUUUGGGUGAGCUAAGGAAAACCAGUGAUUGUCACUGACAUUAUUCAGCCUGACCUUUAGUGUGUUGCUGGCAGGGGCCACAUGCUAAUAUUUUAGAAGAUGUUGUCGAAAUUUUGCCUCAGUUAUUUUGACCAUAUAUAUAUAUAUUCAGCACUUUUUUUGUAUUAUUCUGACUUCAGAUGUAAAGGUUUGUUAUAACAAUGUAUAACUGUGGUUUCUCACUACGUACUUUAAAUGCAAUUAAACAUAGAUGUUUCCACUUUUAAAAUACAUCUAUUAGCUGUGAUACUGUA